GUGCGCACGCAGGAGUCCCUCCUAUGGCGGGUGCAGGCCGAGGGGCCCUUGGUGGAAUCGCCGAUUUAGGGGAGGGCGGGGGCGUGGCUUCCCCACUGGGCGGGCGGCCACCCCGCGGUCCCUCCCCCAUCGAGUGCAGCCUCCGCGCGCCAAAAUCAAACCCGCCGAUCCGCCGGCCGGAGAGUCUGGGACUGGAGAGAGUUCAGCCUGCAGUCAAGGCGAGUUCCGCGGUGGCGUGAACCCCGGCGCGCGCACCUGCGACCACCUCCAAGCCCUCCCUGACUGAAGAGCUCGGGGCUGCCAACAGGACAAGGCAUGGCCACCCCACCCAAGAGAAGCUGCCCGUCUCCCGCAGCCAGCUCUGAGGGGACCCGCAUCAAGAAAAUUUCCAUCGAAGGGAACAUCGCUGCUGGAAAGUCAACGUUUGUGAAUAUCCUGAAACAAGUCUGUGAGGACUGGGAAGUGGUGCCUGAACCUGUUGCCAGGUGGUGCAAUGUUCAGAGUACUCAGAAUGAAUUUGAGGAACUGACAACAUCUCAGAAAAGUGGCGGGAAUGUUCUUCAGAUGAUGUAUGAGAAACCUGAACGAUGGUCUUUUACCUUCCAGUCAUAUGCCUGCCUCAGUCGAAUACGAGCUCAGCUUGCUGCUCUCAAUGGAAAACUCAAAGAUGCAGAGAAACCAGUAUUAUUUUUUGAACGAUCUGUGUAUAGUGACAGGUAUAUUUUUGCAUCUAAUUUGUAUGAAUCUGACUGCAUGAAUGAAACAGAGUGGACCAUUUAUCAAGACUGGCAUGACUGGAUGAAUAACCAGUUUGGCCAAAGCCUUGAACUAGAUGGAAUCAUUUAUCUUAGAGCCACUCCUGAGAAAUGCUUGAAUAGAAUAUAUUUACGGGGAAGAAACGAAGAACAAGGCAUUCCUCUUGAAUACUUGGAGAAACUUCACUAUAAGCAUGAAAGCUGGCUCCUGCAUAGAACACUAAAAACCAACUUUGAUUAUCUACAAGAAGUGCCUAUCUUAACACUGGAUGUUAAUGAAGACUUUAAAGACAAACAUGACAGUCUAAUUGAAAAGGUAAAAGACUUUUUGAGCACUUUGUGAUCUUGCUGAUGACUACACGCAACCAAAUGAUUCCACCUUCUUCAGCUUUGUGUAUCUGCAUGGGUCCAUUUUCAUAUGUCUCUCGUCUAAACCCAAGUUUUUAACUGCUUUUAUUCCCCCACCCCCCGAAAAAAAAUUUUUUUUAAUGAAUCCUAUACAAAAGUUUAUUACUACCUUUUUUUUUUCUUCUUUUGUGGAUUUAAAGAAACAAGGACAUAUAAGUAUCCCUUACAAGGACUCUGGCAUUAGGUGGUUCCAGAAUCGUUAUAGUAGUUAAGCUACAUCAUAAAGGAUCCAAUCUCCUUUUGUCUUUCCUCUAUUAUCCUCCUCAGCUACUUGACUUUUUUUUUUCCUGGUGCUUCUCAUCUCAAUGACCAGGUUCUUAGCUGGAAACUUUAAUGUUACAUAAAUGAUAAUGUGUCCUGUGUAAGUAAAUUAGUGUAUCUAUUAAAAAUUGAAAAGUGAAAUUUAAGAAAUCCAUCACAAAAGGAUUAUGAGGUUUCAUUGCAAAUACUUUUGAUCAGGUGCUUUCCCUUCCACCUUAAUUGAUAUGGAAGUUAAGAUCGGGUUUAAUAUUUAAUCACUUCACUGAUAUUUAUUAAGGUGUCCAUAACACAUUUGUAGAGUAGCAGGUUAGACUUUGUUCCCAGUUUGUAAUGACAUAACUUAAAAGUCAUUUUGUCUUUUUCCUGCCUUUGUUUCUACAUGUGUGAUAUGAGUGAGGCUUUGUCUUUUGCAUGGGAUUUUAGAGGAUUAAAGAGGAAAUGUUGCUACACUUAAAAGAUAACUGAAGAUUAUUACAUGAGUAUAAAGAUUUAAUUUAUUUGGAACUUCAAAUAACUGCCUGCUUUUUCCCGUCACAGACCAUUCUUUUAGAAUGGAGUAUUACUAUUCCAGUUAAAGAGUUGGCUUAAAUUCUGAUUGUCUUUAAAUCAUUUGAGGUGGAAUUACAGUUUUCCUUAAAUUUCUUACCAUUUUUAUAGGUAAAACAUUAGUGGGACACAGUGAGGGAUCCAUUUUUCCAUUAUACUUUUUACUGAUGCUGUACUGAAAAUGAGUAGUUUUUCUUUACCUUUAUAUUUGGUGAGAAGCAUAAAAGGAAACUGAAAACAAGGUGGAUUAUCUUCUUAGCAGUAAAGACUGCUUAGUUAGACCCAGCUCUUAUUUCCUGCCACUGUUCUGCUUUCCCUGCUGUCUGGAUUAAUAGGCAACCUGCUAUUUUAAAGUUUUAUUUAAAAGUAAAUAAAAGUCACGCAUUUCUACUUUGAGAACAUCAUCGCUCUUCACUUCAUAGUUUUGCUGCUCUAUCGGAUUAUAUCUUAAGUAUUUUUUUCCUCUCAUUUUAGAGAAAUUACUGAUAAAAAUGAUCUUGCUUUAUGUUAUAUAUCUUGAAAGCAUUAUCAUGUUUUGUUGAUUAGAAAUUACACGUAUUAAUAAGGAGGGCAGGGUGCAGAAUAGUUGUAAUUUUAAAAAAUCUGCAUGGAUUUAUUUUAGCUCUAUAUAUAGGUUUAGAUCUGUAUGUAUAGAUUUUUUUCAGCUUUGUUUAAGAUGUGCAGUGUGUUUUAUUUGUAUUUAACCUUUCUACUUGACAUUUUAGAAAAACUCUGUGGUUUUUUUAAAUGAGAGGAAAGUUACUUUGAAACUAUCAUUUUCCUUUUUAAAUCUUGUGUUUAGUUUCUUGAUAUUAAAAGAUAAUAAUUUAGUGAAUUAAAUAGUUUAGAUGCACUGAUAUUUGAAUGAGAGACUUGUUUCAGACCUAUAAUUGCCAUAAAUAUUUGUCUCAUGAUAUUGUAUGAAUUUGUUUUUGUUAGAUAUAAAUGAAUUUGUUUAUUAAAUUAAAUAUUUGCUUAAUAAAUAAAUAUAAAUCUCUUGAAUUCUAAUGAG